AAACCUUGCAUGGCCUUGCUCUGAACUCUGAGUGUUACUAUGCAUGUGUAUUUCAGUUUUUAUUUUCAGUAAAGACAUUUCCACUCUACCUGAUGCAACUGCAGCAGGAUCAGUUAAUUUCAUGUGCUUCAGUAACAGUGCUUUGUUAGACCCCCUGAAUGGGAAGAAAUCAGAAUCAGUUAAACUAAGUGCAGCUGGACAAAUAAACAACAUUAGGCUGUGAGUACUGCUGGAGUGGAAUGGCCAGACAGUAUAGAUCCCUGCCCAUACCAACAUUAUUUCUGGACAUUGCUGAAACAAUUCUUUCCACACAUCUCUGAAUACAACUCAAUCACCCUGUGGGCUACUCCAGUGGACAGCCAUGUUGCUUACUCUGGCAUCCAACAGGCAUGUCAUUUUCUACAGCUGGAUCCAGACGUCUGUGUCUCACUACACACUCGUUGUUCAUUUAAUUCAAGUUUAUUUAAUCAUUUCAUUAUUUAUUUUUUAAUUUGUGUUUCGUUUUCUUUCAACCCUUUUGUACUGGUCCGUUCUACACAAAACACCAUCACACAACGCUAUCCUGUUGUCACGCCAACCUACCCUUCAACUCCCUCCAUCACCAUUCCCCAUGCCUCGUUCUGAUUGGUCCUUCCAAUCCUUACUUCCCUGUUGCCCCUGCUCCUUGCCACGCCCCUCUCUACUCCAAAUACAUGUUCCCUCCUGGUUGGAGAUGGCAGAGUGCACUGUAGCCCCAGUAGCAAUGGAGGACAGUGACUGUGAGGCUCACUCAUCAUCAGAUGACCAGGACUCCGCCCCGCCAUCCCCUGGCCACACCAGGGACCACCACCAUCAGGCCGAACAGCACUCAAGCCAUUCCAAGGACGACUCUGAAGACUCUGAGUUGGAGAACAACAAGAUGCAACAAGACUCCCACCACAACGGGGGCCAUCCACACCCCCACCCGCCUCUUCCCAGCUAUGAGCACAGCCCCGACCAUGAGCACCCCCACCCGGUGGACAGGGAGGCGGAGGGUGGCGACAGCCCCCCGAACACCCCCGGGACACCCACCUCUGGGACCCCACCCUUUUUGCGCCCCCCCACGGCAGGUGGCAGGGCCCAGUCAGACAACCAGUGCGUAGGGAGGCUGCAGCUGGGUGGAGGUGGGAUGGUGGAUCACUAUGAUAUGCAGUCUCCCCUCAGUCCCACCAGGCCCAAGAGCCCCUGGGGCCGCUUUGAUCCCUACGACUUUCCAGAGGACCAAGACAAGGAAUACGUGGGAUUUGCCACACUGCCAAACCAGGUGCACCGUAAGUCUGUCAAGAAGGGCUUUGACUUCACCCUGAUGGUAGCGGGGGAGUCUGGUCUGGGCAAGUCCACCCUGGUCAACAGCCUCUUCCUCACAGACCUCUACAAGGACAGGAAGCUACUCAACGCUGAGGAGCGGAUCACUCAGACAGUGGAGAUCACUAAACACACAGUGGACAUUGAGGAGAAGGGCGUCAAGCUGAAGCUCACCAUCGUAGACACCCCUGGCUUUGGAGACGCUGUCAAUAACACUGAAUGGAAGUCAGUGGCGGACUACAUCGACCAGCAGUUUGAGCAGUACUUCAGGGACGAGAGUGGACUGAACAGGAAGAACAUCCAGGAUAACAGAGUCCACUGCUGCCUCUACUUCAUCUCUCCCUUUGGACACGGUCUGAGGCCUCUGGAUGUGGAGUUUAUGAAGGCCCUUCAUGAGAAGGUCAACAUUGUGCCCAUCCUGGCCAAGGCAGACACACUCACACCCACCGAGGUCAAGAAAAAGAAAUUCAAGAUCCGAGAGGAGAUCCAGCAGUAUGGGAUUAAGAUCUACCAGUUCCCAGACUGUGACUCUGAUGAGGAUGAGGACUUCAAACAGCAGGAUCAGGAGCUCAAGGACAGUAUACCGUUUGCCGUGAUCGGCAGCAACACGGUGGUGGAGGCCAAAGGGAAGAGGGUCCGGGGUCGUCUCUACCCCUGGGGCAUCGUGGAAGUGGAGAACUCGGCACACUGUGACUUUGUGAAGCUGAGGAACAUGUUGGUGAGGACACACAUGCAGGACCUGAAGGAUGUGACACGGGAGACCCACUAUGAGAACUACAGGGCUCACUGCAUCCAGAGCAUGACCCGCAUGGUGGUGAAGGAACGCAACCGCAAUAAACUGACCAGGGAGAGCGGCACAGACUUCCCCAUCCCUGUGAUACCUAGUACCACAGACACCGAGACGGAGAAGCUGAUCCGAGAGAAAGAUGAAGAGUUGCGGCGAAUGCAAGAGAUGCUCACAAAGAUCCAGGAACAGAUGCACACGCAGAAGGAGGCCUAUUAACCCAGGCUACUACUAGAACCCCUGUCCCUCUGUAAAUGCAGGCCCCCUCUUUCCACUACUAGGGUGGGCACCCCUAGUACCACUCUACUCUAGUCCACAAACAUUGUCUACUCCAGCUUAUCCAACCUCAACAGCCACCACUCCUCAUUUAGUCAAUAACCCUCACUAUCAGAGACUGAUCCACGACCAGGCAUGAGGUAUUCACAGACAGGAGGUGGCAUGGAGAGAAUUUGCCUUCUCUUCCAACAACAUGGAAGUCCUGUGUCUCCACACCUGUUGUGGAAACUCUAACGGUAACAACGGGCACUCCUGUCGAGUGCCAUUUGUUGAGCACAACACCGGGCCGGACAGCACCGAGCUAACCACCUGCUUGUCCUUAAAGGGUUACGGCCGGGUCCUGCCUGCCCUCUUUCCACUCAUAGUUUACCUGUGGUCUUGUCAAGAUAACUUUUUGCCUUCCAGUUCAUUGCUAACACUUCAAUGUUCAUUGAUGUUUCUCCUUAGUGAACUCUAACCCUGACAUUUUAAGGGGUAGACUGUAGGGAAUGUGUUGUCCUGUCCCUCUGCUAGGUGUUUGAAAGUUUAUCUCAUAACAAAUUUAGUUGUGUGGUCUUAACCACCCUAGACAAGGUCUGUUGUGAAGGAGGUUGGCCUGCCCAAAUAUUUUUUAUUGUCAUGCACAAUUUUUCCCCAAGAUAAUUUUUUCAAUGGUCAUUUUCAAUACUAUAGAUGGUCAUACAGAUAAAAUGUGAUACUUUUUUUUUACUACAAUGUUACAUUUGUAAAUGUUUUUGUUACGGGAUUGCAGCUAUCACUUAUUGCUUUUAUUUGCAUUGCUACACAGAAUAGCGAGAAAUUCCUUGUCGUGAAAUGAGUCAUUUUUUUCACCAUUUUUAUUUUUAAUUUCAACAAAUGUUACAGAAGUACUGUUGGGUGUUUUUUUUGACAAAUGUAUGUUAAUAGGGCUAACUAAUGUCCUUCACUCUCCCAAUUCCAGCAUGCUCAACCAUGGGUUGUUCAUUAUUGUAUUUUACUGAAAAGGAAACCCACUACUUUCAGUUCUGAUAUCUGUAAUGAGAGUUUGCUGGAAUAUUGUUGACUUGCAGCUCUACAGGGUCGUCCUCAGGUAGUAGUAAAACGUUUUGCAGCGAAAAUGAAAAUGUGUGUUCUUAGACUGGGAUACAAUCCGAUUAUAGGCGUUGCGACUUUUAAAGGCAAUUUCAGAUUAAGCUGACAUAUGCAGCGUUUACGUGAUGGGAUCUCUGCGAACGCAGAGAACAUUGCCUUUUAAAAGCCGCAGUGCAAAACCUGCGAUCGCACAAAAUCCUGGCUCAAAUGGACAAGUUCCAGCAUUAACUCCCAUUUAAUGUUUUUUUUCUCACUGAACAUGAUCCAAGAGGAGAAAAUAGAAGCCUUGAGCUAACUAUGUGCCAGCCAAGAGAUGCUGGCCUGGGGACCAAGCAGACAGGACAAGGCCCUUAUUCUGCCGGAGGUCAGGGGGCUAGAGAAUGACAGGGUCACUUCAGUAAGGUGCCUGCUAGUUUGUGUGUAUAGUGUCUGUUAUAGAGGUGUCUGACGUAGCAGGCCUUCAUUAAUGGGUGAUAUUUUUCUUGAUUAUGUUUGUGGACAUUAAGUUUUGAAGUACAUUAGUAUGAGUGGAUGAUUUUAUAAUAGAGAAAUUGUAAUUACUUAUCAUUUAGGUAUUUUCCAAUCCCAUGUUUCCCCCCAAGAAUUUUGGCUUUAAACACUUUUUUUUCAUGAAGAUGAUGAAUAGUUGUGCAUAUGUAUUUAUUUUCCUCAGGUGCAAAUGUCAGAGUUCAUUCACAAGGAACAAGUCAUGAGACAUAAAAAUAUACAUUUGUUUGGAUUAUUAGUAUCAUGAGUGCCAGAAAAAUUGAUUGAAAUAAUCAGAAUAAAAUUUUAUUUCACAUUCCCUUUGUAAGCAACAUUGGACCCUGAUUAUAUUUGUUCAAGCCUCAUCCAUCAAAAGCUUAGAGAUUCACCCACAGACCCAGUCCAAAAUCACACUAGAACAAAAGUAGGAAAUAAGAUUGUUUGUUUUAUAAGAAUGUUGUCAUACUACUUUUUCUGAAUAUAUUUAUGUAAUAAAUAACUUUGGCCAGGAUUCAAUCCGAGCGCAGAUUGGCAACGCUCCAAUAAAGGCAUUUUCCCAUUGAGCCAACAUAUGCAGCGUUUACCGUGAAUGUGGGCUCUGAAAAAGUGUAUUGUGGACAAAGCUCGCUCGGAUUGAAUCCAGCACUUUUAUAAAGUCAUUGAGGAAGAGAAAGGAUGCAAUGAAUUGUAAUACAAUAAUAAAGGAAGUAACAUCUUGGCUCUCCA